AUGGUUAAUAUACAAUUGAUAGAAUUAAACCUGAAAGGUACUCAAAUUCUUAAUUCUGAUUCUAGGCCAAGAAAUGACAAGAAAAGAAAAAGGUUAAAAGAACGACGAUACCAAUAUGUAUCUGAAAUGACCAAAGAUUUAAGAGAAGCAUUAAGGAGAGAUCUAUUCUGGAAUCUAGCAAGAAUGCCUCAGGAAACUCAAUUAGAUAUCGAAAAAACAUUUGAGUCUCAAAAGGAUCUUGUAGUUAAAACGAUUGUGCCAAAUUUAAUGAAAAUAUUGGAUCUUGACACCUACCUCAUAGGAGAAGGUGAUUUUGUUGCAAAAUUUUGGAUUUCUUCUAGUGUAUUAACUUUUCCAAACAACACUUCCAUAUCUUUUGACAUUGUUUCUCACAUUAAAGCUACUCCCUAUAAGGCCAAAUUUAAUAUUGACAUAAUUCUUUUAGCAGGAUUUGUUCAAUUUUGGUGGGGUGCUGUACAAAGAACAAUUAACAUGUCAAAAUUCCCACAAAGAAAUAAACAAAUUAAAGAAAUUUGGACUGAUCCAUAG